AUGACGGUCGUAUCACUCCUCCUGUCGCCGUACACGAUCCUCCUCCUUCCGGUCGUCUACUAUGUACUACCGUACCUCCGCAACUGGCAGAUUCGCAACAUUCCGGCGCCCUUCCCUGCCGCUUGGACGAACCUCUGGCUUCUGUGGCAGUGUCGACAGGGCAAACGCUUCCUCGCCGUACACGAGGCGCACAAGAAGUAUGGCAAGGUCGUUCGUAUCCAGCCACAUCACGUCAGUAUCGCAGAUGCGGACGCUAUCCCGCAGAUUUACGGCCAUGGUAACGGGUUCCUGAAGAGCGAGUACUAUGAUGCGUUUGUGUCGAUCAGACGUGGUCUUUUCAACACCAGGGACCGUGCGGAGCAUACCAGGAAGCGCAAGACUGUGUCUCACACCUUUUCCGCUAAGAGCGUUGGGCAGUUUGAACAGUACAUUCAUCACAAUUUGGCAGAGUUGCAGAAGCAGUGGGAUAGCCGGGCUGAGAGCGUCAAGGAUAAGGAUGGGUGGUAUCAGAUGGAUGCACUGCAUUGGUUCAACUACCUCGCUUUCGACGUCAUUGGCGAUUUGGCGUUUGGAGAGCCGUUUGGUAUGCUGAAGAAGGGCAGAGACGAGGCAGAGGUUAGCAAGGACGGAGUAAUCACGUAUGCGCCUGCGAUUGAAGUGUUGAACCGCAGGGGUGAAGUCAGUGGAACCAUUGGUUGCUUCCCCGCCAUCAAGCCCUACGCAAAGUACUUCCCAGACCCAUUCUUUAGCCAAGGUAUAAAAGCUGUCGAGAACCUCGCCGGUAUUGCAAUCGCUCGUGUCAACGCCCGUCUUGAGAAACCCUCUGAUCGCGUUGAUUUACUCGCCCGCCUCAUGGAAGGUCGUGAUGAAAACGGCAACAAGCUUGGUCGUGAAGAACUUACCGCUGAAGCCCUGACCCAACUCAUCGCCGGCUCCGACACUACCUCCAACACAUCCUGCGCUAUUCUGUACCACUGCCUGAAGCACCCAGACGUUGUCCGCAAACUUCAAGAAGAGCUAGACGCCGCCCUACCCGACCCGGACGCUGUGCCAGAGUUUGCCCAGGUCAAGGAUCUGCCGUACAUGGACGCGGUCAUCAAGGAAACUAUGCGCAUCCACAGCACCUCGUCCCUCGGUCUUCCCCGUCUCAUUCCCCCAGGCCCAGGAAUCACACUCCAGGGUCACCACUUUCCUCAAGGCACUGCUCUCUCCGUUCCCGCAUACACUAUCCACCACUCGACUGAGAUCUGGGGCCCCGAUGCCGAUGAGUUCAGGCCGGAGCGUUGGGAAACUAUCACCGAGCAGCAGAAGGCAGCUUUCAUACCAUUUAGCCAUGGACCCAGAGCUUGUGUGGGCAGGAACGUGGCUGAGAUGGAAUUAGCGCUGAUUGUUUCCACGGUGUUUAGACGGUAUGAGUUCGAGAUCAGGCAGGGAGAGUUGAAGACUAGGGAGGGAUUCCUGAGGAAGCCGCUUGCGCUGGAGGUAGGGAUGCGGAAGAGGAAGUUUUAGAGGACGAUGCCGAUGUGGAAGAAGUAUAGUAAGAGGGGGAGGCCGAUCAUCGUUUUUUU